AUGAAUAACAAAUUGCCAACUGUUCUAAAAUCACCUGAUAUUGUCGAAUAUGAUAUUAUUGAACAUAUAGACUGCGAAAACAAUAAUAUAAUACAAACAAACAAAAUAUGUCACAGUGUGCAGAAUAUUCGAAAAUCACCUGAGUUGGAUGAGAGUAAUAAUAUGGAAGAUGAUAAUUUUAGCGGUACUGACAAUGAUUAUAGUCCUUCGGAGGAAGAGUGUAGUGAUUCGGAAGAGUAUGCUUCAAUGGAAAAUUGCGUUCAUUCAGAUCAGGAUUUAUCUCCAGAUAGUGAAUAUGAAGAAGCUACAGAAGAUGACAUUUUAGUCACGGACGAAACAUUACCCGGCACGCAAGCUAAAGAUCACGAUGAGUGGGAAAAUAUAUCGGAAAGUCCCAUAACUUUUAAUGAAUUCGCUGGAGAAUGUACGUUUAAUUUACCCCCGUUUGUGGGAGUUACACCUGAAGAUAUAUACAAGAUGUUUGUUACAGAUGAGAUGAUUGAUAUAAUGGUAUCUGAAACAAAUGCUUACGCACAAAAGUAUAUACAAAUAAAUCAACAAAAUAUGAAACGUAAUUCACGCAUGACAAAAUGGAGUGACACCAGUUCUCAGGAAAUGAGAACAUUUUUGGCUGUUUUAAUGGCAAUGGGUUUGUGUAGAGUUCCUAAUUUAAAUUUAUACUGGAGCAGAAACAAAUUGUAUCGAAACGAAUUUAUUUCUUCAGUAAUGACAAGAGACAGAUUUUUAUUGCUACUUAAAUGCUGGCAUGUCAGUGAUGUAAGUAAUGAAGACCAAACUGACAAACUAUAUAAAAUUAGAAAUAUGUUCACAAAGAUUACAGAAAACUUUCGACGUAUUGCAAAUCCUGGAAAGUAUGUGGUAAUCGAUGAAACCAUGAUACCAUGGAGAGGAAGACUAGGUUUUCGCCAAUACAUAAAAAACAAAUCACACCGGUACGGCGUAAAGCUUUAUAAGCUUUGCACUCCCGAAGGUUAUACUUCUGAGUUAGAGGUUUAUACAGGGAAAAAAAAUCAGAAAAAAGAAUUAGAACACAGUAAAAAAGUAGUGUUAAGAUUGAUGACAAAUCUGACAGAAAUGGGUAGAAUCGUAAUAGUAGACAAUUACUACACUUCGUUGGGCCUGGCAGAAGAUCUUCUAUCACAAAAAACAUUUUUAUGUGGAACACUUAAUAAAAUACGGAAAUAUCUGCCAAAGCAAGUUACUAGUUACAAAUUGCAGAAAGGCGAAAUUAUUGGAAAAAUGAACAAAAAGGGCGUAAAGGUAAUGAAAUGGAUGGAUAAACGGAAUGUUUUGAUGUUGACUACGUGCAAAGAUCACGAUGAUAACCUGAUAGAUACUGGAAAAAAGAAGAGAGGAACCGACGAAUGCAUAAAAAAACCGGGAUGUGUUUUGCUGUACAAUAAAACAAAAAAAGGCAUUGACUUUUCUGACCAGAUGUCUUCUUAUUAUACAACUUUGAAGAGAGGAAUCAAAUGGUGGAGAAAAGUUGUAAUGGAACUAAUAUUUGGUACGGCGCUAAUUAAUGCCUGGAUUGUGUUUAAUUCAAUCCAAACUGAUGGAAAAAAGUUACCAAAAAGACUCUUUGUGGAGAAACUUAUAGAAUCUUUAAUUAAAAAGAAAUCGAUGAGACCCCAGCACCUGAAAGCGCACGCCAUUGCCUCGAAAAGGGUGAAAAAAGGAGAAGAUGUGUUGGUUGUUACCAAAAACUACGCACAUUUUUACCAUCUCGUGAAGCUGAUAAAAAAUCCAAAAAGAUUUUGA